GUGUCCGCCCGCUUCAGGGCCCGGGGCUGUCGGGCGGGGCGCGGCGGUCGCCUCGGCGGGGAAGGGUGGAGGUGCGGCGCGCGGCCUUUCGCGGCCGGGGCGGCGGUGGGAGCGCCACGUGCCGCGCAGCGCCGGGGCCGGGAGGGUGCGGGGAGGGAAGGCCCGGGGGCGGCUGAGCCGCGAUGGCUGCUCCGGGCUCCGCGUGCGGCCGCCCUUGGGGCGCUGCUGCGAGGCCCCGCAGCGCUCGGUGUUCUGCUCCCGCCCCGCGGCGCCGUCCCCGUGGGCCGCGCUCCCGCCCUCCUUCCCUCGGGGCCGGGCGGCACGCUUCGCUCCGUUUUUCUGAAGUUGUCCUUCAUUGGUUAUUUAAUGCGUCGCUGCCUCGCAGCCCCGCGUUCCGUGCCGUGUAAGCACCGUGUAGCGGUGCGCUUUUCCUUUCUGCACACCCGAAAAAAAAAACCAAAAAAAACAACGUGCGGUGGAGACCGGGCUCCGGCGUCAGGUUCCGCCCCGGGAGCCUGCUCCAAGCCCGGCGCCGCGCUCCUCGUUGCCGGGGCGGGGCCGCGCUGCCCGCUGCGCUCCGUGUGCCCGCAGGUCCGGCUGUGCUGCGGUACGAGCGGCCGCGCGGCGCCGUCCCUGCGGAGCUGUGUGCACGGGGAGCCCUGGAGGAGGCCGUGGAAGAAGGAAGCUGCCGGCCCGCCCUGCUUGCGUGGUACAGCCGUGUGCUUACGGUCACCCAAUGGGCCUAUUCGCGGUGCUCGCACCGACGUGCCGUCGGGCCGCCUGCGCCUGUGGGCUCCGACUGCCGCGGUCCCGCAGAAGGUCGGAGAUGGGAGAAGUGAAGAGUUCAGCGUGGUGUACAGGUUCCCGGGCAUAAAGUACUGCCGGGUGCUGUCGAGGCUGAAGCUGCUGCAGACCGCGACGACGCUGCUGGUGCUGCCGCCCGUCUGCUACCUGCACCUGCAGCAGCAGCUGUCCCAGGCCGUGCUCCUCUACACAGCCGGCAUCGCGCUCUUCGCUGGUGUGAUGCUCUAUGGGAUGAGCUAUUUUUUCCGACGAAUUAUUGGAUUAAUCUACUUAAGUGAAAGUGGCAGAACCGUCAGAGUGGCCCACUUGACGUUCUGGGGGAGGCGCAAUGACAUUUACUGUCCCCUGGAGACGGUGAUGACUUUGGAUGAGGUUGGAGACGCCAGGGGGGAGCUGCUGCUCCAGUUCAAGCGGUAUAACAGCGCAGAGAUCUUGUAUUUUACAAUUAAAUACGGCCAGAUUGUGGACAGACAGAAGUUCAGGCAAAUAUUUGGAGAGCUGCAGUGAUGCAGCAGUGACGUUGCUUGUUGCAUUGUUCCUUGUGUGCAUUCUUGUGUGAUGUGUACGAUUCGUUUAUCAAACCGAUGUACUUUUGUUGUUUUCUCAUCUGUCGUUUUCCCACAUCUGCUGGUAUGUGUGCUCAGUGUAGAAGUGGUAACGAACGCUCCGCUGGGUAAGUGCUGUUGCAGCAGGGUUACGGGCUGAGCAGGAGCACAGGUUUGGGAUGCAGUCGGUGUGCCACGCAGGCAGCGAGGGGCUGCUGCCGCCUUGGAGGUUAUGGGGAAAUGUGAAAAACCUUUUGAAGUGAAUGCAGUGACUGUCAGAGCAUCCUCACUUCGCAUUCAUUGUUACUUCUAGCAAGGUUUAGGUUAGCCGGGAAACUUCUUGAAAUUAAACUGGUCUCACACAGUGGUAUGAUAAAUGAUGCUAGGUGUCAGAGCGAUACAAGCCCAUGUAUUAACGAGCAGGAAGUAAUAACAGCUAUCGUGCUGAAGAAGGCUGUCUGGCAAUCAUAAAAUCAGUGUUGAAGAAAUGACGCUUGGACCAGCUCUCCUGAGUACUCGGGGCUGGUGGCUGUGUGGGUGCAAACACGACGUGGCACUCGGAGCUGUGCCCUGCGGCACAACUGAUGGCCCCGGUGCAACGCCAGGGUAGAGACAGCCCUAUGGGAGCUUUUAACAGUAACUCAUUUCCCAUUGAAAUAAAGGAAGAACAUACCUGAAUUGUGAUGCUGUGAAUGGCAGGAGCCCUUUCUCAGUUCAGAUCUCAGUAAUCAUUAUCGUGUUGAAGUUUGGAACUGCUUGUCGUCCUCUGUUUAUGUUCAUGUUGGUGGGUUUUUUUUUUUUUAGGUUGUAUGUAUGAAUGACAUUUAAUCCCUGCUGUAACACUUGAGUUGAAAAACAGUAAAUAUUGCAAAAAAA